GGGCAAAAGCUGCCCUAUAAAGGAGCACUAGGAUAACAGCAGCCCAUCUGUCGCCUUCUUGGAUUUGGCUGAAGGGUUCCACUGGAGGCACUGCAGGAAAGGGGCACAAUGCUCAAUCUCAGCUCAGCUCUGAGGUUGGAGCAAGGCAUGCAAACAGCAGGGACAACAGGAGGCCUCCAGAACCUGAGGAAAUUUAAUAAUCAGGACUUUGAGCACCUGCGAUCCCUGUGUCUGAGCCAAGGUCUGUUGUUCAAGGAUGACACCUUCCCUGCUGAUAUCAGCUCCAUUGGUCCUAACCUGCUCCCAAAGGAUGAGCUGCAGCACAUAAUGUGGAAGAGGCCAAGGGAGCUUCUGAGAAACCCCUUUUUUGUAAUGGAUGGAGUUAGCAGAUUUGAUAUUAUUCAAGGAGAAAUAGGUGACUGCUGGAUGCUGGCUGCCCUGGGCUCCCUGACAAUGCAGAAGCGAUUUUUGGAAAAUGUUUUACCAAAGGACCAAGGAUUCCAGAGUGAUUAUGCUGGGAUUUUCCAUUUUCGGUUCUGGCAAUUUGGAGACUGGGUGGAUGUAGUGAUAGAUGACCGGCUGCCUUUCCUAAAUGGGAAUUACCUGUCUGUACACCCUCGAACAUCAAAUGAAUUCUGGCCAUCCUUGUUGGAAAAAGCAUAUGCCAAGCUGCAGGGCUCCUACCAGAACUUGCACGGGGGCUACAUUUCUGAUGCUUUAGUAGACUUCACAGGUGGAGUCCAAAUGCAGUUCUCAUUAAAGGACCCCCCUCCUGAUCUGGAGGAUAUACUGAAAGCUGCUAGCAAAUCUCAGUGUCUGAUGGGAUGUAGCACCUCAGGCCGGAUGAGAAACACAGUAUUAAGGAAUGGGAUUGUGCAAGGUCAUGCAUACACUGUCACAGGAGCCGUGAAGAUACGAUUCAAGAACCACUGGGAACAUAUCAUCAGAGUCUGGAAUCCAUGGGGCCAUGGGGAGUGGAAGGGGCCCUGGAGUGAUGGCUCUCCAGAAUGGGACUAUGUGGAGCCUGAAAUUAAGGAAGAGCUCUACAGAAAGAAAAAUGAUGGAGAAUUCUGGAUGUCCUAUGAAAACUUUCGGGAGCAGUUUUCCUGGCUGUGUGUUUGUAACUGCACCCCAACGUUUCUGGACUUUGGAGAUCAGCACCACACAGGAUGGUCUGUGGACAGAUACAUCAACCUGUGGAGCCCAUUGCUUGCUACUGGCAGGAAUGACUGGUCCUCUGCAGGUGCAGUUUCAAAGAACCCUCAGUAUUUCUUCAAAGUAACAAAUUAUGACCCCAGAUCCUACAAUGUGGUCAUUUCACUCAUACAAAAAAAUGCAGAGGGUAUGCAGGAUGCACAAACAUUGAAGAUUGGCUUUUUUAUCACCACGGAGAACUCCAAAGUUCUGAAACAAGUUUUCUCCCUUACACGAGAUGUGAGCAGCUGCUUUAAUUUGAGCCCAGGAACUUAUGCUGUCAUUCCUGCUACAACAGAGGACCGAGAAUUUGAAUUUGUCUUACGAAUUUUUGUAAAGAAUCAAGACUACAAUGAGAACGCAAACUCUCAGCUCAACCCAAUGCUGCCAAUGGAUGUACCAAGACAGAAACAGGACAGCUCCUAUAAGGCUAUCUUCCUAAAAUAUGCAAAGCAGGGCUCAGCUAUUGAUGCUUUGCAGUUGCAACAACUUCUUAAUGACAUGGUCCUGCAAGAUGAAAUGACCAGCCUGGGAGGAGAGUUCAGCUUUGAUUCAUGUCGAGCCAUUUUAGCUCUGAUGGAUCUCAAUUCAAAUGGACAACUCACGCUGCAGGAGUUUGGGAGCCUCUGGCGAAAUGUCACCAAGUACAUGGAUCUCUUCAAGAGAGAAGACAGAAAUCGUUCUGGAUUUCUUGAUGUAUCUGAACUGAAGAGUGCAAUACAGACAGCAGGACUGCCCGUCAAUGAGCAGAUCCUGCACCUGAUGGCCCUGCGCUACGGCGAUGUGUACAGGAGAAUGGGCUUUGCUGACUUCGUGAGCUGCAUGAUGCGCCUUGAAACCAUGACCUAUGCGUUUCAAAACUUAGCCAAAGGUGGACCACAAGUUUUGAUGACGGUGAUGGAGUGGCUGACUCUUGUCAUGUACACCUGAAGAGUUGUCAGAGCUCGACGUGCUGGUGGCUUUUCUCCAAUUUGGUAUGAGGCACCUCCAGGUUAUCCCAUUAACAGCCAUCCAUGGGGCUCUAGAAAAAACAAACGCUGCAGGCAUGAAGCUGAGUUUUCUUAUUUGCUUACAUGUCACGGUACUUAAAACUGAAAAAUGUCUGUAACUUCUCAGUAACCUGCACAGAAACUUCACCUCCAUUCUUUAAGCACGAUGAUAAAAGUGAUCUGAUGUUCCAUUCUACUCAUCUACUGGGGCCAGCCUGGCAUUUUUUUUUUAGUGGUGGGGGUAUCACCUUUUGUAGCACCCUGAGGAAAUGUUAUAUGCUACAGUUUCAGGGCACCUACCCGGCUCCCUUCCACAUGAGACUAACUUCCACGUGAGGCUGAUGCUCAUUAAACAAAGAACAUAGCCAUCCACUUUAGGAAAUAGCAUUUCCUUGUUUAAUAUGCCAUAUAUUAGAUUCAGUGCUAUUCACCACAUGCCAAGCUGACACAGAAACACCUCUGAAACCAAGCUGGUUGUGUGAGAAGAAAGACUGCUGUGCAAAUAGCAAUAUGUGUUUAAAAGGAAUGCGUUUGGGAAAGGAGAUGGGGAUCUCUUUGGGAGGAACUGUUUGACCGUUCAGGGGAUGAAGGCAUCUUCCUGUGAACAUCUGUACCUCAAGGCAUACAGCAGGCCACAGCUCCAGCCCUCUCUUAAUGUCCGUUUAAUAGAAGCAAGUGCUAGAGAAGGCAGAUGUCAGCACUCACUCAUCUCUGCUGCCCGGAGGUGGAAGCACAACGUUGCAGACACUUCUUCAUAGAUAGCAGACACUUUCUAAAGCCAAAGUUCAGAGUAUGGGAUAAAGGAAUUCAGUUUCCAUUAAAUCACAUCUGGAAAAAUCA